ACUUGUCCUUCCCCACCACCACUAGCAAACUCAUCUGCAUUGUCUAUAGGUCCCAAGCGGGACAUUCAACUCUGAUGGGCCGCAUAGAGCCCCCGAUGAUGCCUAUCUACCGCAACCGCAAGGCAAGGACCGAGGCCGCCGGGCAGGAGACUCAGGCGGCGAUCAGCACGCCGCGCAACCGCCACCGUCUUGUCUAUCGCCUGCUGCUGGCCUUUGCACUCCUUAGCUUCUGCUUCGUGUACUUUGAUGAGCUCGGCGCGUCUCUAGUUGCGCUAUCUCUUCCUGAGCGCUUUGAGGAGCACGGACAUGACCACGGACAUCACGGCCAUGAUCAUGAGAAGAAGCGCAAGCCUCUGACCGCUAAGAAGGCAGAGAAAGUCUUUCUCUCUGUCCCUGACGAAGAGAGCGCUCUCAACGCCUCACGCCGCUACGCUACCAAGCCUCAUCUCGCCGGCUCACUUCAAGACCUAGCCCUCGCCAAGGAGUUCCUCUCCCUCGUCCAGACCGAGUUCAACAUCGAGCCGCCCUCCACGAUUCCUAUCUUCCCUGCUGGCUCCCCCGCCUCGCAGGGCGCCACGCGCGGUAUUCCCUUCCUCGAGAAACCGCAAGCGUGGAUAGACGAGUACUAUCCCGUGAUGAACACCCCGCUGGAGCGGAGGCUGCAGGUGGUCGGGGACGAUGGGGAGGUGCUGGCGGAACUGGAUGUGGAGGAAGAAGCGGAUGAGACAGACCCGGAAGCGGGGCGGUAUAGGACGGCAGUACCGGUGUUCCACGGGCUGAGCAAGGAGGGUGAUGUGACGGGCAAGUUGACAUAUGCAAAUUAUGGGACGAACGAUGACUUCGACGAACUGGUUGAGAAGGGUGUUGACUUGACCGGCAGCGUCGUCAUCGCUCGCUAUGGCGGCCUCUUUCGAGGGUUGAAGGUCAAGGGUGCCCAAGAGCACGGCGCUGCAGGCAUCCUGAUCUUCUCCGACCCCAAGGACGAUGGCGCCGUGACCAUCGAGAACGGAUAUGAGCCGUAUCCUGGUGGCCCCGCCCGCAAUCCCUCGUCCGUCCAGCGCGGCUCCGUCCAGUUUCUCAGCAUAUACCCUGGCGACCCGACUACGCCCGGUUACCCUGCUUACGAAAACGCUACGCGCACGGAGGGAACGAACAUUCCGUCUAUCCCUAGUUUGCCGAUUUCUUGGGCGAACGCCGAGAAGCUACUCUCUAAGUUCGACAAGGGUGGCGAGUGGGAAGGCAAGAGCAUCCGGUUGGUCAACAAGGUGGACACGAAGGUGACGCCGAUCUGGAACAAUGUUGCCGUCAUUCCUGGCCAUAUCAAGGACGAGCUGGUAGUCAUCGGAAAUCAUCGCGAUGCGUGGGUUAUGGGCGGUACGGACGCCACCAGCGGAACCGUGUCCAUGCACGAAGUCGUCAAAGGUUUCGGAGCUUUGCUUAAGCAGGGUUGGAAGCCCCUUCGCACUAUCGUCAUCGCCCUUUGGGACGCUGAAGAGUACGGCCUCAUCGGCUCGACGGAAUACGUUGAAGACUUUGAGAAAUUCUUCGAUGCGACGGUCGUCGCGUAUCUGAACUUGGACUCCUCCGUGUCCGGACCGCAGCUCAACAUGCUCGCUUCUCCUUUGCUCGCACACUUCCUGCGUCAGGCAGCCCUCGAUCUCCCUCACCCUACGGACGAAGGCCGUACGUUAUGGGAUGCGCACUUCGACAAGGGUGACUAUGAGGGAGAGGUCGAUGCAGGCGUUGAAGCCAUGUUCGAUGCCAAUGCGGCUGGCGUCGACGGUGUCCACACGACCCGCGCGGACGACACCGGCGUCGGCUUCCUGGGCUCUGGCAGCGACUUCACGGCGUUCGUGCAGCGCAUCGGCGUAACGAGCGGCCAUAUGGGAAUGGGCGCGACGUCGAGGAGUCCAGCGUAUCACUAUCACUCGAUUUACGACUCGCAGUGCUGGCAAGAGCUAUAUGCGGAUCCGGGCUUCCACCGUCAUGUCGCGGUGGCGAAGUUGUUGGGAUUGCAGACGCUCCGACUGGCCAACGAUGUGAUUCUGCCGUUCAACACGACGCAUUACUCGCUCCUCAUCGAGCGUUUUGUGGACGAAGUUGAAGACAUCGUCAAGGCCACAUCUUCGUCUCUCGAUGUCGCUGAACUCCGAUCCUCUGCACGCGCUCUUCAAGCCGCCAGUCUCAGCCUCGACUUCGCCAAGUUCAAGGCAGAGCAAGACUUGAAGCACCUGGUGAAGAGGUGGAAGAAGCAGCGUUCGGCCUUGCGCAAGCUUAGACGCAAGGCGUGGAAGAAGUACUGCAAGAUCGCGAAGAAGUUCGACAAGCGAUGCGAGCACAAGAAGCCGCCGCACCAUGAGGAGCUCGAGAACUCCGACGACUUGCCGCCUCUUCCUCCCUCGCCUAUGCUGCAUAUUGGAGGCAAGACGAUCAAGCCGAGGAUUGGGCGCGCACCUGCAGCGAUCCGGGAGAAGAAGCAGAAGGAGGUCAAGGUCUUGGCCCACGUUGCGGAGCAGGCGUAUGGCGUCCAGCUCGACGUUCGCACGGAGGGUUUCCCACUGGAAGACUUCCUCAAGGUCCUUAAGGAGAUCAGGGCGGUGAACUCGAAGCUCUUGGCGUUCGAGCGCGGGUUCAUCUCGCCAGACGGGCUGAAGGAUCGCGAGUGGUAUCAGCACUUGCUGGUGGCGCCGGGGAAGUGGACAGGAUAUGGCGCGACGACGCUUCCUGGGCUGAAGGAGGCCUUGACUAUCGACAAGGACGCUUCCCUGGCGGAGUACGAGCUCGCAAGGCUGAAGCAGGCUGUUGACGCUGUCGCGGAUAAGAUCAGGGUCUCGGAGUAGUGUGUAUCUAGUUUUUUCGACUUUCUUUUUACUCACUGUAGGAUCAUUGGACGGAGGGCUGUAUGUACGCUAUAUGUACGCUAUGUGAACUUUGACUAUGAAAUGACUGUAUUCUAUUGGGUAGAACUUCGAAG